GUAAUUCAUUCGUUCUGUCAUUCAAUCUUUGUCUUGUCAUAAUCGUGAGUUUGCAUUACCGAGCAUUUUGGAAAGCUUUUCAUUGUUUACUGAUUAAUUUUAUUCAAAUUUGUUAAAAAUGUCGACGAACGGCGAUAUCACUAGUCUUGAUGCCAGCGGCAAAAUUGUUAAAAUGGAAGUCGACUACAGUGCCAUCUGCGAUGAGAAGAUACCACUGUGGAAGUCAUGGGCAUCAAAAGGAAAAAUUCAAGAAGCUAUCGACCAACUUUUGGCCUUAGAAAAACAAACGAGAACUGGUGCUGACAUGGCUUCAACUGCCAGGAUUCUGGUGGCAAUAGUGCAGAUAUGUUAUGAAGCUAAAAACUGGUCUGCACUUAAUGACCAAAUAGUUCUUUUGUCCAAAAGAAGGUCCCAAUUGAAGCAAGCAGUAGUGAAAAUGGUACAAGAAUGUUGCACUUACGUAGACAAGACACCUGAUAAAGAAACCAAAAUAAAACUUAUUGAAACUUUGAGAUCAAUAACUGAAGGCAAGAUUUACGUGGAAGUCGAGAGAGCUAGGCUUACACAUAUCUUGGCAAAGAUUAGAGAGGAAGAGGGAAAUGCAGCUGAAGCUGCUAAGAUCAUCCAAGAACUCCAGGUUGAGACUUACGGUUCCAUGGAUAAGAGAGAAAAGGUUGAGCUUAUCCUGGAACAAAUGAGAUUAUGCCUUAACAUCAAAGACUAUAUCCGCACGCAAAUCAUUUCCAAAAAGAUCAACACCAAGUUCUUUGAGGAGGAUGAUACUCAGGAAUUGAAAGAGAAGUUCUACCGGCUGAUGAUAGCUGUAGAUCAGCACAACGGUCAGUAUUUGUCAGUAUGCCGUCACUUCAGGGCACUAGGCCAGUUGGCUGGUUCCGACGCUCUUAUUGGAAGUGUUGUGUUCCUGAUCCUGGCUCCUUAUGACAACGAACAAGCUGAUCUGACGCACAGAGUCAAUGAAGAUAAGGAUUUGGAUAAACUGCCAGAGUACAAACAAUUACUGGGCUUGUUCAUCAACCCAGAGAUCAUCAGAUGGAACACCUUAUGCUCUACAUAUGAGAAGAUGUUGCGAGGUACACCAUACUUCGACUCCUCCGAUGAGAAGGGCCAGGAACGCUGGAAUGACCUUAAGAAUAGGGUUGUUGAACAUAAUAUUCGUAUAAUGUCGAUGUACUACACUCGCAUUACUUUGAAGCGUAUGAGUGAGUUACUGGGACUGAGUGAGACGGAAACAGAGGAGGCCCUCAGUCAAUUGGUCGUCAGUGGUGUGGUUCGCGCCAAGAUCGAUCGUCCCGCAGGCGUAGUGCAUUUCAGUUUGAAUAUGGACGCGUCAGACCGUCUCAACGAAUGGUCGAACAACCUAAACACGUUGAUGCAACUUGUGAACAAAACGACACAUCUUAUCAACAAAGAAGAAUGUGUACACAAACAUCUCCUAGCAACCGCAGAAUAAAUAGAUAUUAUUAAUAUUUCCUAUAAAAAAACUUUUACAUUGUAUUCCAAAUUGUCCUAAUAAUACUAAAAUUUUAUAGUACAUUUCACUGUGUGAAAUUAUAUCGUGAGGGAACUCUUAACAAUUUUUUUGUUUUUUUUUUUUGUCACUGGUCUCUAAGAAAUCUGGAUGUCUGUUAUUUUAAAGCUGUUUAGUUUUAUUAUUAUAAGGUUGGAAUAAAUAUUUAACUUUAUA